GGUGCAUGCCGCCGCUCUGGCGCUGCAACCGGCACGUGGAGGCGCUGGACCGGCGGCACUGCUCGCUGCAGGCCGUGCCCGAGGAGAUCUACCGCUACAGCCGCUCGCUGGAGGAGCUGCUGCUGGACGCCAACCAGCUGCGGGAGCUGCCCAAGCCUUUCUUCAGGCUUCUGAACCUGCGCAAGCUGGGCCUGAGUGACAAUGAGAUCCAAAGACUUCCCCCUGAGGUGGCCAACUUCAUGCAGCUGGUGGAACUGGACAUCUCCCGUAACGACAUUCCAGAAAUUCCUGAAAGCAUCAAAUUCUGCAAAUCCUUGGAAAUCGCAGACUUCAGUGGGAAUCCUCUCUCCAGGCUUCCCGAGGGCUUCACGCAGCUUCGGAGCCUGGGCCAUUUGGCCCUGAAUGAUGUGUCCCUGCAGAGCCUCCCCAGUGACAUUGGGAAUUUGGCAAACCUGGUGACUCUGGAGCUACGCGAGAACCUGCUAAAGACUCUCCCCACCUCGCUGUCCUUCCUUGUCAAGUUAGAGCAGCUGGAUCUCGGUGGCAAUGACCUGGAGGUUCUGCCAGACACUCUGGGAGCGCUCCCCAACCUGCGUGAGCUCUGGUUAGACCGGAACCAGCUCUCAGCCCUGCCUCCCGAGCUGGGCAACCUCCGCCGCCUGGUCUGCCUGGAUGUGUCGGAGAACAAGCUGGAGCAGUUGCCCAACGAGGUCAGCGGCCUGGUGGCACUGACCGACUUGCUGCUGUCGCAGAACCUGUUGGAGUGCAUUCCUGAUGGGAUUGGUCAGCUGAAGCAGCUCUCCAUCCUCAAGGUGGACCAGAAUCGACUGACAGAGGUGACAGAGUCCAUUGGGGACUGUGAAAAUCUGUCCGAGCUCAUCCUGACAGAGAACAUGCUGACGGCCUUGCCGAAAUCCCUUGGGAAGCUGGCCAAGCUGACCAACCUGAACGUGGAUCGGAACCGGCUGACAUCCCUCCCGGCCGAGAUCGGUGGCUGUGCCAACCUCAACGUGCUGUCCUUGCGGGACAAUCGCCUGACCCUCCUGCCAUCGGAGCUGGCCAACACCACCGAGCUUCAUGUUCUGGAUGUGGCUGGGAACAGGCUGCAGAACUUGCCGUUUGCUCUGACAAACCUCAACCUGAAAGCCCUGUGGCUGGCGGAGAAUCAGUCCCAGCCCAUGCUGAAAUUCCAAACAGAGGAUGAUGAGAAGACAGGAGAGAAAGUUCUCACUUGUUACCUGCUUCCUCAGCAGCCCUCUCCCAGCCUGGAGAACCUUCUACAGAACAGCGUGGACGAGAGCUGGACGGACACCAAUUUAAACAGAGUCAGUGUGAUUCAGUUCCUGGAUGAACCCAAAGCAGAUGAUGAAGAAGAGUCUGGAGCUGAGAGAAGGGGCUUGCAGCGCAGAGCAACCCCCCAUCCCAGCGAGCUGAAGGUGAUGAAGAAGGUGAUUGAAGUUCGGCGCAGUGAGGCCCACGCUGCAAAGCCCAAUGCAGACCUGAAUUCUCCUCACUCAGAAGAGAAGAGGCUGAGCGCCACGUCCAACCGCAGCGAGGACUCCCACCUUUCCAACAGCACUGCCUCUGCUGACUGUAGGGCGGAGGAGCAGCAGGAGGAGGCAGAGAGGAGUCGGCCAAACGGGCAAGUGCCUGAGAUGCAGGAGCUGGAGAAGGAGGCAAAGUCCAGAGUGGACGAGGAGCACAAGGAAGCUGCUGGCCAUGAAGAGGAAGAUGUGGAAGUGGAAUACAAUGAGCCCACUGUACACUUUGCUGAAGACACGCUAAUACGGAGUGAGGAUGAAGAUGAAGAUGAAGAGCGACCGUUCCCAGUGGAGAAGCAGCGGCUCAUCCGCAAGGACACCCCUCACUAUAAGAAACACUUUAAGAUAACUAAAUUGCCCAAGCCAGAGGCGGUGGUGGCCCUGCUGCAGGGGCUGAACAGCGAGGGGGUCCCCAAGGAGGAAGAGGAGUUGGGAGGCUGCAACAACAACACAGAGCCUGCAGACCAGGAGGAGGUGUGGGAUGAGGAGGACCGGAAGAAUGGAGCUUUGUCUGCCCAGCCAUCGGUGAAGGGGGUGUCGUUUGAUCAAGCCAAUAAUCUGCUGAUUGAACCUGCUCGCAUUGAGGAGGAAGAGUUGACUCUGACUAUCGUACGGCAGACGGGGGGGCUGGGCAUCAGCAUCGCAGGGGGCAAGGGCUCCACCCCCUAUAAGGGCGAUGAUGAGGGCAUCUUUAUUUCUCGGGUGUCAGAAGAAGGUCCUGCGGCUCGUGCAGGGGUUCGUGUUGGGGACAAGCUCCUGGAGGUGAACGGUGUGUCCCUGCACUCCGCUGAGCACCACGUGGCAGUGGAGGCUCUGCGUGGAUCGGGAAGUUCCGUCUCCAUGACUGUUCUGCGGGAGCGGAUGGUGGAGCCGGAGAAUGCCAUCACUGUCACCCCGCUGCGCCCCGAGGAUGACUACAGCCCCCGUGAGAGGCGAGGUGGCCUGCGCUUCCCGGAGCGACCCGAGGGGACACCUCCCACCGAGAGAUACUCCACGUGCCUCAUGCGCAACGAGAAGGGACUGGGCUUCAGUAUCGCUGGUGGCAAAGGCUCCACUCCUUACCGGGCUGGUGACAUGGGGAUCUUUAUCUCCCGGAUCGCAGAGGGUGGUGCAGCCCAUCGGGACGGGAUCCUGCACGUAGGAGAUCGGGUCAUCUCGAUCAAUGGGGUAGACAUGACAGAAGCCAGGCAUGAUCAGGCAGUAGCGCUGCUUACCGCGUCCUCCCCCACCAUCGUGCUGCUGGUAGAGAGAGAGGGUGCGGAGCAGCCCGGCGAGGGAGACUGGCCCGGGGGGCCACGGGCACGCAUGCACUCCCCACCGCCACCCCCCAGCCAUGGGGAGAGCCCGCCCGAGGAGACGCCCGCACCACAGAGGAACCAUCUCUCCAAAGGCCUGGAGGAUCAGUACCCCAUUGAGGAAAUUCACCUGGUGAAAGCAGGUGGUCCCCUGGGGCUCAGCAUCGUAGGGGGCAGUGACCACUCAAGCCAUCCGUUUGGGAUUCAUGAACCAGGUGUCUUCAUUUCGAAGGUCAUUCCCCGUGGGCUGGCAUCCCGCAGUGGGCUGCGAGUAGGGGACAGGAUCCUGGAAGUCAAUAGCAUUGACCUGCGCCACGCUACCCACCAGGAAGCGGUGAACGCCCUGCUCUCCAACACCCAGGAGCUGACCAUGUUAGUGAGGCGAGACCCACCACCACCUGGUAUGCAGGAAAUAUGCAUUGAGAAGGCUCCAGGAGAAAAGCUGGGCAUCAGCAUCCGGGGUGGAGCGAAAGGCCAUGCUGGAAAUCCGUUUGAUCCCACUGACGAGGGCAUCUUCAUCUCUAAGGUGAGCUCCUCGGGGGCGGCAGCCCGGGACGGCCGCCUGAAGGUGGGGAUGCGGAUCCUAGAGGUGAACCACCAGAGCCUGCUGGGGAUGACGCACACGGAAGCGGUGCAGAUGCUGCGCGGGGUGGGCGACGCGCUCCUGGUGCUGGUGUGUGACGGCUUCGACCCCAAGGCUGCAGCUGCCAUCGAGAUGUCCCCGGGAAUUAUUGCAAACCCUUUCGCUGCUGGUAUCGGACGCAAGAAUAGCCUGGAAAGUAUCUCUUCCAUCGACCGGGAUUUAAGCCCUGAGGAACUGGAGAUCCUGCAGAAGGAGAUGGAAAUGGUGAGAGAAGCAACUCAGUGGGAGAGAGAAGAAAUGGAGAAAGUGGAGCGGAUGCGUAGGGAGCGGGAGGCAGCCACCCGGCAGCUUGAGGAGGAGGCGGAGAACGUCACCAGCGAGCCCUUGAGACUGGACUAUCGGACCCUGGCUGCGCUGCCGAGCAGUGGUCUCCAGAGAGUCAACCGCACCCUCGUUCAGUAUAAUAAGCCCAGCUCCAGAAUGGAGGGCGACUGUGCUCUGCUGUCUCUGCCGGUGGCACGGGACAGCCGGGAUUCAUGCCCUGACACGGCUGCUGGCCCCACCAUCGGAAGCGUGGCCAGACCUCCCCGGGACUCCGCAACACCCGACCACUGCACCAGCGGGGCAGAAACGCCCCGGCCUGACCAGCAGCCUCCCACAGGUGGCCCCUUGUCCCAGGACCAGCCGCCAAAGACGCCAGAGCAAGAGUGCAUGGUGGACUCCCAGCCCAUCCUCUUCAGUGAGAACCCCUUUGUGGUGGCCAACCGCAGGGGGAAGGCGGCCGGCCGGGCCUGCCUGGGGGGGCCUCCCCUGGGCUAUGGCAGGGGGGGAGUGCUGAAGACCAACCUUUACUCCAAGGCUCCUGCAGGCGAGUCUGGGAUGGGCAAUUCCAGGCGUGAAACCCCCUAUUCUCCUGGUAACCAGCAGCGGCCUGCAACCCCUCGGCCCGCUCACCUGCCGGGCAGGGAGACCCGCUUUGCUUCCAUUAACUUCAUUACAUCGCAGGAUGACAGUAAAUCGACCAAGCCAGGCGUCAUUCAGCCUCUUUCCCGAGUGCGACAAAAUGCUGCCCCGCACAAUUCGGAGGAGGGGGACAGCCCCAAUCCCUUCCAGCAGCCCGAGCCGUGCUUCAGUGUCCAGAACUCUCCAAAGCCACCCUCACCACCCUCUCCUGAUGAGGUCCCCAUCAAUGUCAAGCAAGCGUACAAGACCUUCGCUGCAGUGCCCUUGUCACACCCCCUGCUUGGGACACAGGAAUUGCCUGGUCAGAGCGGCACAGAGAAUCCCAGAAGUGCCCCGGAGGUGGCUGCGCACAGCCCUGGGGGACUGCACAGCCCUGAGCAGAAGUCCUUCCGUGAGAGGCAGAAGUAUUUCGAGAUUGAGGUGAAGCAGCAGCAGAUGGACAAGCCCCCCAAGAGAGUCUCCUUGGUGGGAGAGGACGACCUGAAGAAGAUGAAAGAGGAGGAAGCUCGAAAACUGCAGCAGAAACGUACCCUUCUGCUGGAGGAAGAGGCAGAAGAGGAGGAGAUGGCGAAGCAGGCGCCUGAGGUGAGCGUGCAGUCCAGUGUCAUCAUUGAAGGAGUCGAGUACAAGAUUGAGAGACUCAACGGGAGGAGCAGCCAGUCUCCGGCCACUCGGCCCUCCGAGGUCAACGAGAACAGCAGCUCGCAGAGGAAUUCACUGGAAGAGGGGAUCAAGGCUGAGCAGAGAACCAACUCCAUGUCUGGGCUGAGUCCCUUGUACCUUGGAGCAGGGGACGCAGUGGCACCCGUGCGGACGGCCAAAGCUGAACGGCGACACCAGGAGCGGUUGCGAAUGCAGAGUCCUGAGCUGCUGAGUGGCCAAGAGAAGGAGCUUUCUCCUGCAGAACGUCGUGCUCUGGAGGCGGAGAAACGAGCAAUGUGGAGGGCAGCACGAUCCUCAGCUCUUGAAGACAGUAUUAAACAGUACGAGCAGGACCUGGCCAGGAGGCUGUACCAGUCCCGACAGCGGGCACCUGCUCCCGGGGCCGGGCCAGCUCCGAUGCCUAGUCCCAAGCAGAGUCACGCCUCGGCACCCCCUGGGUCAGGAAGCCAUUCCAGGAUGAAAUCGCUUGAACAGGAUGCUCUGAAAGCCCAGAUGGUCAUUGCCAAGUCCAAGGAGGGGAAGAAGCGCAGCCCGCUGGAGCAGCUGGCAGAGUCCCCCUCGCCAGUUCCUACACCGUCACCGACACCACUGGAAGAUUGCAGUCCCAGGAACGUCACCUCCCCAGGAAGGCUGUCCAUGUCUGAAAAGAAGUUUGACUACCGGGAAUUUGCUGCUAUUCCUUCCUCCAAACCCGUUUACGAAAUUCAGUCGCCUGAUGCUGCUGAUGACCUCAGAUACAUCGAGGACAGGAAUAACUCAGUUCCCCAGGAGCAGGAUGGGCAGCCCGAGGAAGAGGACACAUUAGGAACUCACGACUCAUCCACACCCACUCCAUCAGCACUUGAAGAAAUGGCCCUGUACAGCAGCAAACGCAAGCUCCGACACAGCCGGCGCAGCCUGGAGGCUGCCGUCCCUACGUAGAGGACCCGAGGGGCCUGGGCAACGGAAGGGCCCGGUGCGGGGCUGUCGAGCUUCCUGCGCUCCGGGGACAGCACGAACUGCCCACACUGCUGCCUCCCGGGCUCCGGCUGGGAACUGAGCACCCCAGGGAGCUUUGUGGUCAACUAACGUCCUCUGAGGCUGUGAACCGCCCUCUUUUCUCACUGAUAAUGCACUGGGGCACAUCCUGAAAACAGGACAACACUAGACUUACUGACGGCAAAGGGAGAGGAGGUGUGGGCAGGACGGUGGGCAGCUCGUUAGCCUGUAAAUAGUGUGUGUGGGGAAGGGUAGGACAGGGAGAACGUAGAGAGUGCGUUGGGCUCCAGCUGUUGUUUCCUCAACUUGGAUUGUUUUAGUGGUUAAUAUGGGAGCUUCUACUCUGAUGUGAAUUAGAAGGAAGGUCCAGACUGCCUUUGCUCCUGUUUUAUUUCCAGUCUUUUGCCAAAAAGGCAGCUUGGAGGCAAAAAAAAAAAAAAAAAAAAAAAAAAAAAAA